GGAGGCACAAAUGAUCUUCUAAGAGUUCCUGAGCACCCAAAACGUGUCAAGGUAACUUACUAACCUACCAACUCAUUAUAGAAGGAAUAAACCAAAACGAGGAAAUGUCCUGUGUCCCAGGAAUCAUCAGCACCUGCCCAGGUAUAUAAAGGGACCCAACCCAGAGGAAGUCAUCACACCUGAGAACAACCCACUGCUCUCCACUCCUCCACCCCACACCAGACCAAACCACCACCAUGACCGACUCCUGCUGCGGAUCCUUCUCCUCCCAGAGCUGUGGAGGCUGCUGCCAGCCCUGCUGCAGCCGCGACCCCUGCUGCUGCCGCCCAGUGUCCUGCCAGACCACCGUGUGCCGCCCAGUGACCUGCGUGCCCCACUACACGCGCCCCAUCUGCGAGCCCUGCCGCCGCCCCAUCUGCUGUGACCCCUGCAGCCUGCAGCAGGGCUGCUGCCGCCCCAUCACCUGCUGCCCCACCUCCUGCACUGCUGUGGUCUGCAGACCCUGCUGCUGGGCCUCCACCAGCUGCCAGCCCAUCUCUGUGCAGGCUCCCUGCUGCCGGCCCCCCUGCUGCCAGCCUGCUCCCUGCCGCGUCACCUGCAGGACCUCCCCCUGCGACCCCUGCUGCUGA